AUGAACUCACAACCAUCCAAAGAGAACUGCGACAGGCGAAGGCCACAAGAGGACGACCCGUCGCGCCUCAUCAGAAUGCCCACCGACCUCGUGGGCAAGCACGUCAGCCCCUUCCUCAAAGAACACAUCCCUGGCAUCUAUGCACCUAUCGGGAAACAAAUACCAGAGGACAGCAUCGCCACCGACAGCAAAGCCAACAAUAACGUGCAAAAAGACCCAAACACUAGGUUCUGUUACCGACACCGGCCAGACUCCAAGUGUCGUCGUGCCGCCGACGAGAACAAGAUGGGCAUCAUUCAACGGGACCUCAACAGCCUCUCGUCCGCCGAUCAGCAAGCCAUCACCCACGUGUGGUCCCUCUUCUCCGCCGCGCCAGCCAAACACCGCGAGCUCAUGCUCCAAGGGAUCAUCACCCAAUGCUGCUUCCCCCAACUCUCGACGGUCUCUCGCGAAGUACACGAACAACUUAAAAUCGACUUUCUCGCCGCACUUCCUCCCGAACUAUCCUACAAGAUCCUCACAUACCUCGACACUGUGUCGUUGUGCAAAGCGGCACAGGUCAGCCGCCGAUGGCGCGACCUCGCUGACGAUGACAUGGUCUGGCAUCACAUGUGCGAGCAGCACAUUGACCGCAAGUGCACAAAGUGCGGAUGGGGUCUGCCUCUGCUCGAGAAGAAGAAGCUCGCCGCUUGGAAUCGACACCACGCUACACAUCAUCGACAAGCCGCCCCUACAGAGGCUCCCCGAAUUCUCGAAGCGCCUCGAUCACCACCCUCGCCGGGUUCGAAUAAGAGGCCGAUGGGCGGCGAUGACCACGCGCCUUCGAAGCGACCCAAGCUUGACGCCAGUGGCAAGAGCAACUCACAGCUUGAGGUGGAGCGCAAGUUCAGGCCGUGGAAAGACGUCUACCGGGAUCGUUUCAAGGUGGGAUAUAACUGGAAGACGGGGCGAUGUAGUAUCAAGACCUUUAGGGGUCACGAGAAUGGCGUCACGUGUCUACAGUUCGACGGCAACAUACUGGCCACGGGCUCGUACGACGCGACCAUCAAAAUCUGGAACAUUGCGACGGGAGAAGUUCUGCAGACACUACGCGGCCACACGCAGACCGUCAGGGCACUGCAAUUCGACGAGGGCAAGCUCAUUAGCGGGAGCUUUGACAAAACAAUCAAGAUCUGGAACUGGCACACCGGCGAGCUCCUGAGCACACUUCAGUGCCACACCGACGGCGUGUUGUCUGUUCAUUUUGAGGGCAGCCUUCUGGCAUCGGGUUCCAUCGACAAAACUGUCAAGGUUUUCAAUUUCGACACCAAGCAGACGUUCUGUCUGCGAGGACACACUGAUUGGGUCAAUCACGUGCGCAUCGAUUCCGCGUCAAACACCGUCUUCUCCGCAUCUGACGAUCUGACGGUCAAGAUCUGGGAUCUUAACACGCAGACCUGCAUCAAGACCUUUAAAGGCCACGUUGGUCAGGUUCAGCAAGUGCUGCUCAUGCCACCCGAUUUUGAGCCCGACGAGGUCCCUAGCAACGACAACGACACUGGUUCUGUGAACAGCCGACGCAGCGUGAGCCCUGUCCAAGAGUCAUCCGUCGACGACCGCACCGCGUACGGCUCCGGCUUUGCUGACGACACACGCCCCCUGCCCCCGCGGUACAUGCUCACGGGUGGACUGGACAACACCAUCCGUCUGUGGGACACGGCCAGCGGCAAGUUCAUACGAUCCAUGUUCGGUCACGUCGAGGGCAUCUGGGGUCUUGUCGGCGACACUCUGCGCGUGGUCACUGGUGCGAACGACUCGAUGACGAAGAUCUGGGAGCCCAGAUCAGGCCUUUGCGAGAGGUCGUUCACGGGCCACGCGGGUCCCGUCACCUGCGUUGGCCUGAGUGACAGCCGCAUGGCGAGCGGCAGCGAGGAUGGCGAGGUCCGACUGUACAGUUUCGAGGGAGAGAAAGUGGAGGAAAGGGGCACACCCUCAUAA